AUGGGUUCUGAUUACGAUUCUUUCGACGACGAUGUCGCCGAUGAGGUGUUGAUGGCUCUCGAAAAACCAGCUACAAUUGGAUCGCAUGCUCGUCAGCAGCAGCAAAAAAGGGUUAUUUCUAACGCGAUAUCCCAUAAUGCGACAGAGCUGGAAUUGGAGGAUCUUGAUUCAGAUGCCUUCGACUACUCACCUGAGAGGGAACGGGAAAGGCCUACUCAGCCUGUACGCAACCAAGUGCGAAACUUUCAACAGACCACCCUGUUAGGGCGCAUCGCGAACCAAGCCCCCGAGCCUUUGGGGACACAGCCGCGCAAUGCUAGAGUCUUUCGCGCAGACUUGCCCCCAGAAGUGCCAACACAUCAUGAACUUGAUCCCGAGGCCCUAAAAACAUGGGUCUAUCCUACCAACCUGGGCCCCAUCCGUGACUACCAAUUCAGCAUCGUAAAAAAUGGUCUUUUCAACAACACACUUGUGGCCCUGCCCACUGGUCUUGGAAAGACUUUCAUUGCAGCAACUGUUAUACUUAACUUCUUCCGUUGGACCAGAAAUGCGCAGAUGGUCUUCGUCGCUCCUACAAAGCCUCUGGCAUCUCAGCAAGUCGAAGCUUGCUUAAACAUUGCUGGCAUUCCUCGCUCGCAGAGCACUCUUCUUACGGGAGAAACCAAGCCGGUACUUCGUGAGGCUGAGUGGGAGGGCAAGCGACUCUUCUUCAUGACGCCGCAGACAUUAAUGAAUGACCUCUCAAAGGGCUAUGCUGACCCCAAAAGGAUCGUCCUGCUCGUCGUGGACGAAGCGCACCGCGCCACUGGAGACUAUGCUUAUGUCAAGGUCAUCGAGUUCAUCCGUCGGUUCUCCAAGAGCUUCCGCGUGCUUGCUCUCACAGCCACGCCAGGAUCUACCGUCGAGGGUGUUCAAGACGUGAUUGACAAUCUAGGCGUUUCACACGUUGAGAUCAGAACCGAGGAGUCGAUCGACAUACGAAAUUAUGUCCACUCCCGUGAAAUAGAUCGCAUCGUCUUGGAACCGUCGGAUGAGAUGCUUCGCAUCAGUGAGCUCUUUUCUCAAGCCUUGAAGCCUUUGCAUUCCAAGAUAAGCCAGCAGAACAUAUAUAUUGGGCGAGAUCCUAUGUCGAUUACAACAUUCGGUCUUCUCAAAGCUCGACAAGACUGGAUGAAAGGUCCCGGCAGGUUUGCCAACCAAGGACUGAAGAUGAUGCUCAUGGCCAUCUUCACUAUCUUGCAAAGUCUCGCUCACGCCAUUAAGCUGCUCAACUACCAUGGCAUCCGGCCAUUCUACGAUAACCUGGUUGCAUUCAGAGCUGAAACAGAAGACAAGGGACAGAAAGGCUCCAAAUAUAAGCGUCAACUGAUUGGCGAGCCGAGCUUCCAGGAAAUGAUGGAUCUUGCAUCCAAGUGGCUCAAAAUUGACGGGUUCGCUGGUCACCCAAAGUUGACACACCUCUGUGACAACCUCCUCAACCAUUUCAUGGAUGCUGGCGAAGGGUCAAGCACUCGCGUUAUUGUCUUUAGCGAAUAUCGAGACAGCGCGGAAGAGAUCACGCGUGUCCUCAACGUGCACAAGCCUAUGAUCAGCGCCUCACUUUUCGUUGGUCAGGCAGACUCAAAGAAAAGUGAAGGGAUGAAACAAAAACAGCAGAUCGAGACGAUUGCCAAGUUCAGAGAUGGCACUUUCAACGUCCUGGUCGCCACAUCGAUUGGUGAAGAGGGUCUCGACAUUGGCCAAGUCGACCUCAUCAUUUGUUAUGAUGCCUCCUCGUCUCCCAUCCGUAUGCUGCAGCGCAUGGGACGAACAGGAAGGAAGAGGGCUGGAAAGAUUACGCUCCUUCUCAUGAAGGGGAAAGAGGAGGAAAACUAUGCCAAGGCGCAGGAUAACUACGAAAAGAUGCAAAAGCUCAUUUGUGAGGGUAGCAGGUUCAACUUUAGACACGAUCUAUCCUCUAGAAUCGUUCCUCGAGACGUUAAGCCCGAGGUUGACAAGCGCAUGGUGGAGAUUCCUAUCGAGAACACGCAAGACACUUCGUUACCGGAACCCAAAGCCCGCAGUACGCGCGGCAAGAAGGCAAGCAAGAAAAAGUUCAACAUGCCAGAUGGCGUUGAGACAGGGUUCAACAGCGUAGCGUCCAUGCUUGGCAUUUCAACAUCCAAAGCUCAACCAACCAAGUCACCUAAAAAGGUUGAACCUAAGGAGACCGAUGAGAUCUCCCCGAUACCUCCUCUUGAGCGUGUCUUACUCAGCGCAAAAGAGUUGGCAGAGUUGAACAAAAAGUAUAGGGACUUGCCAUUCUUUCACCAAGCCACCGAAGAAAUCAGCAUGCCGAGCUUGACCGCCCAUCCAGAUCUACAGCGUGUGCUUCGGCCUACAGUCCAUAUCAAGCAUGGCUCGUAUACCAAACGGUGCGUCAGGCUGUUUAAAAAACUGUCAAAUUCACAGGGGAUCGAGACCAGGCAUACAAAACCACAUGGACACACCGACACGAGUAGAUAUUUGGACAUACCCGUGCCUCCGUUCGCAGAAGAAUCUGGCGAUGAUGUCACUGUCGUAUCAUCGGGCCGCAAACGCUCCCUUUCACCAUCAUUCGCGGCCAGCCCGCCGCUGCCAGGUCGCAAAAGAAAAGCAGACGCUGCCGCGGCGCCAAGAUCGAAACGACAGUCGGUCGUGGACGAAUAUGCCUCCGAAUCAGAGGAUGAUGCACCGCCAGCCCGCCAAAGGAGAACGAGCGCCGCUGCAGAUUCAAGAUCAAAACGACAAUCUGUGGUGGAUGAAUAUGCUUCCGAAUCAGAAGCCGAUGCCAUCACUCGGGACUCUGAGGACGAAGAAUCUUUGGGUUCACUCGCAGAUUUCAUAUCCGAUGGGGAAGUCAACGACAAUUUCCCGAAGGAUAUGGCAGGCUUUACAUCAGACGAAGAUGACGACUAUAGGAGCGGCACUCUGGCUAAAUCCUCAUCGUCGGGACCCCUGCCAGGUCGCCAAGUACACCGGUCCUCAGGCGUGGCCUCACAAUCUGGCUCGGCAGCGCCAGCGGCAAUCGAGCCGUUCUUCGUCCCGGCAUCUCUGCCGGGUACUCAACAGACAGAUGACGACGAAGAUAUGCCCGACAUUGGAGUUUUGGUGGGAAAAAAACAACUGGAGACGAGGGUGCGUAAACCUGCCAAGAAAAGCAGAGCGGUGUUUCUCAGUAGUGACAAUGAUGACGAUGACAAUGACGACGAAGACAACGUUCAGGCAGGGCCGGCAAAACGUACUGUCCGCCGGCGAGUUAUUGAAGACAGUGAAAGCGACUGA